AUGUGGCGACUCGACGCUAACCAGCCCCGUGUUGGUGAGAUCCUCCAAAGCAAAUGGCAGCUGCAGGAGCCAGUUAAACAAGGCGAACAUCGAUCGACAGAGGUCAUUGGCGGGAUUGAAGCGCUGCUAUCUCAGGACAUGAACGUGAUCAAGGCACUGAUGAAACAUCGUUCAAGCCAUGUGCUGCAACUUCAAGGCCUCGGUCGCCGGCAAAAGCGGUACAAGUGGAUGGCGACUGAGCUUGGAGGCACGAGCUUAAUGCGACUGCAGAAAACGCUCCCAGGGCAGCGCUUUUCUACCAGGACUGCGUUGUUUUUGGCCUAUAUGACACUGGAGGCAAUCGAGCAUGUCCACAAAGUUGGGUACGGUUCGUCAGAUGUUUUCUUGUACGUACACAGAAACAUCACACCCGGACAUUUCCUAAUCGGCAAGCCUCCUUUCGUCAGACGAUUGUACAUCGUCAGUUUUUGCAACGCCAGGAAAUACUGGGGCAGUGAUGACAAACAUUUGCCUGAACGUCGUAGAAUCGCUUUCAAGUCCACCCAACGCUACGCAUCACCAAAUGCGCUUCGUCUGAAAGACCAAAGCCGCAGAGACGAUCUAAUAUCAUGGUUCUUCAUGGUUGUCGAAUUUUUUAACGGAUGCCUGCCUUGGACAACGGAAGAAGUUGAUUUCCGAAAGCCCGUCUUUGCGGUUCAGUAUGAGCAAAUGUUGAAAGUCAUGGCUGAAGAAAGAGAGAAAUUCAUAAGCGUCGAAUUGACCCAGCUGAUUGGGGGAGCGCCAGUGCAGCUUUAUAGCAUAAUCAACUAUUUAACGACACUUAAAUUUGAUGACAACCCAUGCUAUGCCGUUCUCCGAAAUUUACUUUUCGAAGCCUGUUGCGAAAGAGUGCAAGACCAUGCUCAAAUCCUGGAUUAUGAAACGCCGGAAAUGGUUGAAGCCAGACAGCUUCAGCCAAGUGUCGAAGAAACCUUUACCUCCAGGUCGCUGUCCACCUCCCCAUCCAUAUUAGACCUCUUUGAGAAAGAGGAAACCGGUAACGAUGGCGCCGGUGCUCAACUACAUUCCGAACGAAACGAAGGCAAGAAGCACAUGGGAGCGAAAAGCAAAAAGCAAUAA